AUGAACGAUUAUUUCCCUCGUCAAUUAAUAAAUUUGGCCCAAAGGUAUUAUAGCCAAACAACCGAUUCCAUAGAUAAAUUCUAUAAAGAAGUAUAUCAAGAAAAUCUUACCUGGCUAGAAGAGACGCUGUUGGAAGUAGCUCAAGACAAAAAGCAGAACCUCACUCAGCUAAGAGAGCAACUGUUCUUUCGAACGGGAAUCAACGCAAUCUACGUAGUGUAUGCAGCAUCAUUACUUAUAUUUGAAAGCCUUGUCUCCGGAGCAGCAUUGCUUCCAAAAACACCUUCAAUGAAGAGGAAGCGCCAGGAAAUCAGCAAGAAAACGUAUUUUCAGCUAGAUGUUUCCGAGUAUACGAUCAGCGAAGAUAAGGAAGAGAAUGAAACUUUACAAGAAUCCCCCGUUAAGAGAGGGCGGCAUAAAGUUACCCAAAAUAUGAAUACGAAUAAUAUCCCUCACCAAGAUGAGAGGAAAAAAAACAAGAGAAAGAACAAUCAGAAACAAUGCCCUGAGGCAAAAGUUACGCAGAAUGUUAGAAUAACCAGAAGGAUGGCGGCUAAAAUGAAAUACGAUGAUAGCUCCUGCACAGAGAAUAUUUGUAGUAUAUCAUCCAGCACACCACAAUCCGCAAAUAAAUUGAAAAAUACUAGUAUAGGAAGUGAUUGCAAAGAAAUUGUGAUACCCUUGACCCCUACAAUGAACAAUAUGAAUCUGAAUACCGAAACCAGUGUAUCAGAGGAUAUAACUGCAUUUGACUUUGGGAAAGCAGGGCUUAUAACAACGACAGGGAAGCAGAAUAGCAAUUGCGCGGAAAAUUUAUCUACCAUGAGUGCUGUUUCACCGCAUCCUAUCGCUAAUGAAAUCAUGAAUAGUUUCAUUAAGUUACCAGUUAGCGCCGAAUCAGUCUCAGGGGAAAAAAAUACGAUGAAUUUAUUAUCGUCUCGUACUAUCUCAACUCCAAGCAGGACUACGAUUGUAGAUUCUUCGUUGAACCGUUUCUUAGAUGCAGCCUCUCGAGAUACUAAUAUCAAUAAUGAUAAUGAUUUAAUUUUAGGGAUGAACGAAGAUGUUCACGUUUCUUUGCAAGAAACGCUAACCGUUAUAGAGGGCAUUACAGCAGAAGCAAAUGAAAGGGAUGUAAAUCUAACCACAGAUACGGUCACUUUCAAUACGUAUGAACCAAUGGUAAAUACUGAGCCGCUAUCAAAAAACGAAAAGGUUUCCAAUUGCGGAUCUGAAUCGAUAAACGAUGAAGAAUCACAGGAAGAAGGUAAUGAAAUCAUCGUAGAAAAUGAACACUCAUCGAUUUUAGAAACGGACACGAAUAUUCUCGAAGAAAGUCCCAAAGAUACAAAUGCCAGCUUUAGUUCUGCUUCAUCUUUAAAAAUAAAUGAAACACCUUCGGUAAUGAAGGAUCAAGACCCUUGUAAUAGCAGAAAUAAUUGUAAUAUAAAUGGCACUUCCGGCGACUUAAGAAUUUCUACGGAUGUUGUAAAAGACCGUAAUAUUUCGUAUAACGGUGAUACUCAAGACUGUAUUACUGAAACGCGCACUCCCAUGAGCAUAGCUGGUGAACAAUCAGCAAAUUUAUCAAAAAGCUCCUCAAAUAAUGAUGUCGUCAUUUCGUUAACAAACGAAAGAAGUGGUAUAGAUGAUGGUGAUUUAUAUGACACACCUAAGGGAAGGUUAACAUCAUCCAAUGUUAGGAGAAAAAUUUCCGAAGAAACAUCAGUGGAAUUUGUAAACACACCAGUUAAUAUCACUCAAACGGAGCAAAUAGAAAGCCCUAUAAACGCUGACAUAAACAAAGAUCCUGAAUGUGAUAAUAUAUGUUCAAAUAUUUCUGGAACAAGAGCUUUACUAGGCACCAAAACAGGUCGAAAAGGCAACGCUUCUGAUCCCUGUGAUAUUGCUCCCAUAGAUAUGAACGAACUUAAUUCGGAGGACAAGAAAAGGAAACAUAAUGGUAAAAUUUGGAAAGAUGAAGAUGAUGUUGUAAAGGCGAAAAGACCCAAAGCGGAGAAGGACUCAGAUUUAGAAGAUGUAAAGGAAACUAAAGACUGCUAUGUUACACCGCCAAAUAGGUUUUCUGUAGCUUUUGAAGAUGCUAUAGACAAUGAGAUUGAAUUAAGUACACCGAAAUUUGUUAAAACGAAAAAUAUUACUCCAACUACAUUUAAAGUUCAAAAGGGAACGGUAUCAGCCGUCGUUAACACCAGUUCCAUCGCAUCUCCUAUCUCACAGCUAGCAUCUUUAUGCAAAACUCCAAAUAAUAUUGCUUCCGGAGUUACAUCUUUUCUGAAAAAGAAAACUGUUGUCAUGCAUCAAAGAGAGGAAAAAAAGAAAGAACUCGAGACUGCUAUUAAAGCUAAGGCUGCCUUAUCUCAAGAGAGAAAGCAGAGAAUUGAGGAACAAAGAAGAAUUAAGAUGGAAGAUAUGAAACGUAAACGGGAAGAAAAGGAGCGACGUGUUGCUGAACAUCGUGCUGCGAAAGCAAAAGCUGAGAAAGAAAGAAAUCGUCAAUUAAUGCAGAAACUGACGCAAAAAACGCAGAAUGAUAAAAAAAUCGAACGAAAGACUAGCAAAGUAGCAAAGACUAAAGGUGUAAAUGAGAUUAAAACCAAGCAAACUAGCAAGGAUUUACCGAAGAAGCCCACAGAAGUUCCGAUGAAACAAUCUACUCGAGGAGCUGUGAAAACUACUUUAAAAAAGUCGAAUCAACUAGACAAGAAUAAGAACGCUGGCUGUUUAACACCCAUGGAACAAGUGAAAGUUGACGCUACAAGCGUUCGUACUGAGGAUAAGGAAAGUGACCUUGCUCAUGGAAUAGAAGCUCUAAGUGCAGCAAAGGAGAUUAAUGUAAAUCACUUUAAAGCUGCUCCUGCUCAACCUAUGAGCGAAAUUACAGACAAUUAUCAGCAGCUGAGAGAGACUACCAGUCUUCAGCGGUCUUUAUUUCAAGAAAAGCAAAGACAUAUGCAACAGCAACAGCAAAAAAUGAUCAUGAAACUCAAGCAAGAAAAAGCCGAAUUAGAAAAAAUUCUAAAAGCUAAGGAUAGCGGUAAUGCUUGCCAUAGAGGCAAUACUGAACCAGUUAUUUACAGUGAAAGUUCAUCAGAUAAGAAUAAUUCUAUUAAAGGCACUUUAAGUGAAAAGAAGGAAAUUCUUAAUGCAUUCUUCAAUGAUGAAAACGUAUCCACCUUUAAAACACCUCCGUCUAAGACAAAGUUAAAUAACACUGAAACUGAAAAAGUUAAAACUGUAAUUUCACCUGCUAUUAUGGGAGUUUUGAAAGAAAGUAAUAGAACCCAAGAUAGUGUUGGAAAUUCUAUUUAUGACAACAAAGAAUUUAAGAAUAUUUUAAAAAAGAAAGUUUUAUCAACAUAUGACAUUAGCAACUUGAACAGUGAUGAUUCAACAGACGACGAAGAUUCGCCUCGCAAACCUAUACCGCUCUGGGCUAAAACCCCAAAUUUAAAGAUAGCUCUGAAGAAACAAUGCUUAUCAAAUGUAUCUAAUCCGGAUGAGAUUUUCCCGAAUGUCGUCUCCCCACCGGAUCUUGGUAAGAUUUUUAAUCGUAAGCGGUCACGGUAUAAUAAGAGAACAAGUUCAGCGUACUGGGAUUCCCCCAUUAUUAGUAAAACGUAA